GUCGCAGCCCUGCCGCUCCAUCUACAUCUUCGCCCGCAGCAACAACAUCCCCUUCGAGUUCAAGCACGUGGAGCUCUUCAAAGACUCGGUGCUGGGGAAGAAGCCGGCGGCGGCGAGCAGCGCGGAGCAGCCCCGCACAGCAAGAACCCUGGAAACAUCCUCUGCUGUGUGUGUGCUGUGGGAUCAACAUUUGCUUUCUUUGGAAAUGCUCAGUUCCCCCUGCUCUUGAGCCACAAACAAACAAGGGAAAGAUUCUGCUCUGUGUGUCUUAUAAGCCACCCGGCUUCUCUUUGAAUAAUUAACCACUGCAGUGAUCGCCGUGGGCCCAAGGCUCUUAAGUUGCUUUCCAUCAUGACUACAUCCUAGCUUGAGUCAGCCAUGUUUACAAACUGGAAGAAAACAAAUUUGUUUUGGUGUUGUCUGCUGGAAGAGGAGCAGGAGCAGCAACCAUCUAGCCUCGUCAGGAUGCUCUGCGUGCAAACUCAACUUUUCCAGUCCCUGCUUUGUUUGCAAAUACGAAGGCCACCAAAUAGUGAAGGGGCUAGCAAAAUCAGCCUCUUGAAGAAAGUACCAGCACUAAAGGAUGGAGAUUUCACCCUAGCAGAAUGCACUGCCAUUCUGCUGUAUCUAAGUCGAAAGUACAACACUCCCGACCACUGGUACCCAUCAGACAUCCAAAAACGGGCCCAGGUAGAUGAAUACCUCUCAUGGCAUCACGCUAACAUCCGGGCUAAUGCUCCUAAAACCAUGUGGAUCAAGGUGCUGAUUCCUCUCUUCACAGGGCAGCCACUGCCCUCAGAGAAGCUCCAGGAGGUCAUGGACGGGCUCUCCACUUCCCUGAAGCAAUUUGAGGAGAGGUUUCUGCAGGACAAGGCUUUUAUCAUCGGGAAUGAGAUCUCUCUGGCAGAUCUUGUGGCCAUUGUGGAGCUGAUGCAACCUGUUGGAGUUGGUUGUGAUAUCUUUGAAGACAGACCUAGACUGAUGGAGUGGCGCAGGCGGGUGGAGGAAGCUGUGGGGAAAGAGCUUUUCUUCCAAGCCCAUGAGAUGAUCCUGAAUAUCAAAGAACUGAGCAACAUUCAAAUUGAUCCACAGCUGAAAGAGCAUCUGGCGCCGAUGUUGAUGAAGAUGUUGAAGUGAAUUAACCUAUAUUGCCAUUUUUUCUGCUCCCCCUUUUUUUUUUUUUUAAAAAAAAAAAAAAGCAAACUUCUCUGAUAUCCAGCUCUACAUGUAACUGGAAAGAACACUGUAAUUCUUACACAGAAAUUGCAGGGUGUCCUCUGCCACUUCACCAAGACUUCCCUGCAUCUUUGGGGGUGGUAGCUGAGGAAGUUUUAAGACCUGAAACAUUAAAUUUGUACGAAAGGCUGAGUGACCCCUAUGGAUCACUUAGUAUGUGCAUCUAGGUUGUAUUUUAGUGUCAGUCUUCUCAGAGAUGGUGGAGAUAUGAAUGGUGUUUUCUGACAAAAUUUAAGCCAGCCUGCAAACUGGAACAUCAGAGAACUGUAUAGGAUGAGGAUCAUUGUUUUCAUGUAUUUGUAACAUUUGCAGCUAAGUGGCAAGCACUGCAAAGCGUACCUGAUCCUCACCUUCCCAGCGUGUCUCUGCCUGGACAAGUAUGGAGCAAAACUACAGGUAGUCACAAAAGUGAAAAAUGACAUCACAUUUUUCUUGGAAAGUUUGUUAUUGCUGGAGCAUGUUGCUUGGCCACCCAUGUACAUUCCAUACUUCUGUUUGCCUUUACGAUCCUGUGCGAAGUUUAUUCAUAUUCAUCUAUAACUGUGAAUCUUUAUAAUUCUUUAGUUUAACCACAACUCUCCCAUUCUGAAAGUUGGGCUUUAUAGAUGCUUGGUCUGUCAGUACAGGUGUGGCAGGGCAGUUCUUGGGAGACCUGUGUAGUAAAGACCAAGCAACCUCAAAAAGCUGUGGGUGGCCACAGCCUUCAAAUAACUACCUACCUAAAUACUCUGUUGAUAUAGGGAAUACACUGAAAGAAUGUGUUCACAUUCUUUCCUUUUUUGAAAGAGAACAUGACUGCAAUUGAUUUUUGUUUGUUUUGUUGUUUGUUGUUGUUCGUCUUUUCCUGUGGUAAUAGUGCAAUAGCAAUCCACAUUCCUCCUAGAAAAUGGAGAGGAGGAAUAAAUCCAGACAUGCUCUUCUGAGAUUGUUUUGGAUGGAAGUUCACCAAGUAAGUCACCGUGUGCAAGCUGAAGUAAUAACAUUUUGUGGCAUUCAAUUGCAUCACAAUAAUAUAGGGUAGAGAGUUGUUUUGGAGCUUCAGGGCUCUUUUUCUUGGCUGUGUUUACUUCUGAUUAGUUGUAGCUCAAAUAUAAAAACCUUUUGUACUGCAGCACAAUUUAAGUAAAAUAACACUUUCUAGUAUCUUCAGUUGAAAGUAACAAGUAGUGAAAGAUGCAAAAACUGGUGGAAUAUCUCUGCAUACUUCCAUUCACAAAUAGCUGCUGCUCUUGAACCUUACCCUGAAAUCUUUGCCCAGGAGCUCUUCAUGGAAGGAAUUAAGAAAAAAUGAAUAAAUAAUUUGGGAACUGCUUC